GGCUGAGUUUCCCAGAGACACCUCAAAACUCAGGAAAACGGGCGCGCGACUUCGGGAGUGGAAGGAAGAGGAAGGGGCGUGGCCGCAGGAGACGUACAGAAACUUCAUUAGAAUAUAUAUAGAGAGAGAGAAAGAGAGACGCUUCCGCCCGCGCGCUCGGCCACGCCCCUUUCCCUCCUGUACUACUGCUAUAGGUUGUGGCGCUUCCUUCCUUGUGCCUUUCCAACAAGUCCUUCAGGAAGGAAGGGAGGAAGGAAGGCUGGGAAGCUGCGCGAGAUCAACAAGCAACAGCUGAGGCGGCGCGAGAGGCGCGGCGCAGGCGCACUCUUACGAAAGGCCUAACACACCCCCCCCCACCUUUUCCCCCAAGCGCCGCCACAACUGCUUUCGCCCGAGCCGCCACCGGCGCGAGGCGGCGCGCGGCGGUGGCGGCGGCGCGCGCCUAAGAGAGCGAGCGAGUGAGUUGCGCGCGCAGCCCCGCCUCAGCGUUCCCCACACACCCGGGCCAGAGCCAGGCGCAGGAGGGUUAAAGAUGGAGGGUCUGACCCUGAGCGAAACGGAGCAGCGCUACUAUUGCGACCUCUUCGCCUACUGCGACACCGAGAGCACGAAGAAAAUCGCCUCCAACGGGCGGGUCCUGGAGCUCUUCCGCGCCGCGCAGCUGCCCAACGAGGUCGUCAUGCAGAUCAUGGAACUUUGUGGUGCAACAAGACUUGGAUACUUUGGAAGAAGCCAGUUCUACAUUGCUCUGAAACUAGUUGCAGUGGCUCAGUCUGGGUUCCCAUUGCGGAUGGAAAGCUUAAAUUCGGUUAAAGACCUUCCUCUGCCCAGAUUUGUGAUGUCAAAGAAUGAACAGGAAUUGAGGCAUUCAUAUUCUUCAGAUGCUGAUAACUCAUCCUCCUAUUCAGGUGCGAUUCCUCCCCCACCAGGCAGAAUACAAGUUAAAAAAGGCUCUGUGAGCCAUGAUGUAGUCCAGCAACGUUCAACGACAGAUCAACAGGAAUCAACAUCUCCAGUAGUUUCACCCCAGCAGUCCCCACCAACCUCUCCACAUACAUGGCGGAAGCACAGCCGACAUCCCAGCGGUGGAAAUAAUGAGCGACCUCUUGCUGCACCAGGGCCGUUUUGGACUCCCUUUUGUGAAGCACAAGCAGGCUCCUGUAAUGCUAGUGAUCCAAUGUGGUCUGGCCAUUCACCACCACCACAUCAAGAAACCUGGGUCAGUUUUGCAGAUAACACACCAACCAGUACUAUUUUAGCCAUGCAUCCUGCUUCUGUCCAGGAUCAGACAACAGUACGAACUGUAGCAUCAGCUACAACGACAAAUGAAAUUCGUAGGCAGUCAAGUAGUUACGAUGAUCCCUGGAAAAUAACAGAUGAACAAAGGCAGUAUUACGUAAAUCAGUUUAAAACCAUUCAGCCUGAUCUAAAUGGAUAUAUCCCAGGAUCUGCAGCUAAAGAAUUUUUUACAAAAUCAAAACUUCCUAUUCUUGAACUUUCGCACAUUUGGGAGUUAUCCGAUUUUGAUAAAGAUGGCGCAUUAACACUGGAUGAAUUCUGUGCUGCUUUCCAUCUCGUAGUUGCUAGGAAGAAUGGAUAUGACCUACCUGAAAAACUACCUGAAAGUUUAAUGCCCAAGCUGAUUGAUUUGGAGGACUCAACAGUGGUUCCUGUGUCAGAAGUGGGAGAUCAGACUGGUGAUGUAGGUUAUGCAGCUUCACCAGCUGAAGCACCUCCAAGCAAAUCACCAUCAAUGCCAUCACUAAAUCAAGCAUGGCCUGAACUGAAUCAAAGCAGUGAGCAGUGGGAGACAUUUAGUGAACGCUCCUCAAGCUCACAAACCCUGACCCAAUUUGAUUCUAACAUUGCACCAGCUGAUCCUGAUACUGCAAUUGUCCAUCCUGUUCCUAUUCGGAUGACUCCAAGCAAAAUUCACAUGCAAGAAAUGGAGCUUAAAAGAACUGGGAAUGAUCACACAAAUCCCACCAGCCCUUUACUUGUGAAGUCACCUGACAUUGCAGAAGAAAAUAAAAUGAAUACAUCUGUAAAAUUUGUAGGAGGAAAUACAGUUGAUGGUUACAGCAGCUCAGAUUCCUUUACUUCAGACCCUGAACAUAUUGGAAGCACUGUAACUAGACAACGGUCACAUUCAGGAACAUCUCCAGACAGUGUUGCACCGCCGCCGCCACCACCACCAAGGCCUCAUCCCUCACACUCUCGGUCAUCAUCUUUAGAUAUGAACAGGACUUUCACAAUUACUCCAGGUCAACAGCAGACUGGAGUGAUUGCCUAUCCCCCUGCAGUGCCUCCAAGACCUCCGCCCUCACAGGCUGGAGGUCAUGUUCAUCGUUCAUCAGAUGCUGAAGGUAUAAUAGCUCAUGCCAGUACCUCACCUCAACAAAUACCAGAACAGCCAAACUUUGCAGAUUUUAGCCAUUUUGAGGUUUUUGCAGCAUCAAGUGUAAAUGAAGAAGAGGAUGAAGAAAUUGAGAAACACCCUGAAGUUUUGCAGGCAGAAAAGCCCUCUGAUUCUACAGGACCUCUUAGAGUUGCCAAAACAGAAGGAAGAGUUGAGGAUAAAGCAGUUUCGAGCACCCCAGCCAAUGUGGGCAAAGGCACCACCCCUCUAGCACCACCACCAAAGCCUAUACGUAGAAGGCCAAAAUCAGAGGAUGAACUGAAACCGGAAGCUGAGGAGCAGGCACAGAAAGCAGGUGUCAUAGCUGCUGUUCUUGCUUCACAGCCAUCUAUUCCUAGAUCAGUGGGAAAGGACAAGAAGGCUAUUCAGGCAUCAAUCAGACGCAAUAAGGAGACUAAUACUGUGUUGGCCAGACUGAAUAGUGAAUUACAGCAGCAAUUAAAGGAUGUUCUUGAAGAGAGAAUUUCACUGGAAGUUCAACUGGAACAACUUCGACCUUUCUCUCACUUAUAAGCCAAUUGCCGUUAACUGUGAACUAAUUAACUCCGAAAGGGGAAAUUGGGCAAAAAGGCCCUAUCAGAAGCCCGUAUGUUCAGCUCAGUGCACUCUUAACAUUUUUUUUGUGAUUGUUUUGUCCUCUGUCCACAGUUGUAUUUAAGUAACUUUUCUAAUUUUAAUACAAAGAAUGGAAUACGUGUUUCCUUGAAUGUUCUAUAUAUUGGCACUGCCAACCUUCCCAUUUUGGGGGAAGGACACACUUUUUAAGUUGGAGCAAGGUUUCUACAACUUCAGUGGCCUAUAAUCCCAAUCUGGAAUUGAUUACCUUAUGGAUUUUUCUAUAUUUCAUGUCAAAAAUCAUGAAUAAAAACAUCCCAGAUAUCCAAAGGAAUAUCUGUCUUUAAUGUAGAAGCACAUAGAUUUAUCAUAAAGGUCUUUUAAAAUGCUAUGAUUGUGUAAGAGAAGAUGAACGGUUGUGGUCAUUAAUCCUCUCAAAUACCAUAUUUUUCCAACCUUGCAACCUUGGAAUUUCAAGCCACUUGCCAUCUUGAUCAACCCUUCACCUUCCAAGUGCCACACAAGUUCUUUAAACUACCUUGCCAUACCAAAUGAAUUUGGCUGUCCUUUCCCAUUCAUGUAUUUCAUAUGUGACCACAGCUUGACGGUUGUUAAACAUUUUCAUUCAUGACCCAAAUUUUGCAGCAUGCACGAAAGUGCAUCCCUUCUGUGAAAAGAUUGGGUGUUAAUCCCAGUCGUGGACAUUUCCUGAACACCACCUGUAGUUGCAUGCUUUGCACAUUGCUCUUUAUAAACUGACACAUAUGCCAGACUUUACUGUAACAUACUCUAUGGUCAAGAAAUGUGUCAGUACCUCAGCUCUUCUUUCCCAGCCUUUUCUCUCACAAAUCUUUUAUUUUUUCUUUUUAAAGGGUUGGGUGUCCAUUCUCCUAAUGUCUCCAAGCCAUAUUCUUCUGGCUUGUAGACAGGUUUCAUUACUAACACAAAGAAUUUCCUGAGUGUAUCCUGCUAUUCAGGUUGAUGUACUGUAUUAGGAUUUGUUGUAUAUUGUAUAAUACACACCUUUUGAUCUCAUAUGUAAAUUUGCAUUAAUGCUGACUAACAGCAGAUAUUCUAUUUAAUGGCUUAUUCUGGCUGUGGGAUCAUAGAUGUUAAAGUGCAUGGAUGUAUCUCAGCAGAAUCAGAACUAGCAAUUGUGUGAUUUUUACACCAAUAAAACAGCACAAUAUUUUAA